CCUAGGCCAUAGGUCAACUCUGAUAGGUUAUCUGUUCCUGCCAAACUAUGAAACAGGCUCAGUUUAUGGAUGAUCAUGUCUCACAUAACCUGUAGAACAUUCCUGAUUGCCAGAUUGGGACCUUUAGUCAAUUCCAAGGUAUCUGUUUCUGGAACUCUAAGUUAUGUUCGGAGACAGAGCAGUACAUGUGACCAUGGCAGAAGGACAUCACUGUACGAUCUACACGUCACUAACAAGGGGAAGAUGGUGAACUUUGCCGGGUUCCUGUUGCCAGUCCAGUACGGGAGUGACGGUAUCGCCACAUCACACCGUCACACCCGCUCACACUGCUCUCUGUUCGAUGUCUCUCACAUGCUACAAACUCAGAUUCAUGGGGCAGACAGAGUCGACUUCUUCGAGAGCCUUUGUACUGCAGACAUUAAAGGAUUGCCUGACGAUGGCGGUUGCCUUAGUUUGUUUACAAACGAGUCUGGAGGAAUACUUGAUGAUCUUAUCGUUAGUAAAACAUCACAAGGAUAUAUUUAUGUUGUAUCAAAUGCAAGUCGAAGAGAUAAUGAUCAAUCAUUAAUGCUUAAAGCUCAGGAGCAGUUCCGCAAAGCUAACAAGGAUGUCUCAGUAGAGUUCCUGGAGCCGGAGGAGAGAGCUCUAGUGGCUCUCCAGGGUCCUCAGGCAUGGCAGGUGCUGCAGCCUCUGGUAGACAUGGAUGUUACUCAGCUGUAUUUCAUGAGUACAAGCAACGCCACCGUGUGUGGUGUGCAGGGCUGUCGGUUGACCCGCUGUGGUUACACAGGAGAGGACGGCUUUGAGAUUUCCAUCCCCGCCCGGUUCUCCACAGCGGUGGUUGAAGACAUACUCAAGUCUAACAUAGCACCAGUCAGGCUGGCCGGCCUGGGUGCACGAGACACUUUGAGAUUAGAAGCAGGUUUGUGCUUGUAUGGGAAUGAUAUUGAUGAAAACACAACUCCAGUCUCUGCAGCAUUGGCCUGGACUAUAGGUAAGAGACGGAGGCAAACUAAAGACUUUCCUGGAGCAAACAUCAUAUUGAAUGAACUGAAAGAAAAGCCAUCACAAAGACGGGUUGGGCUGAAGAGUGAAGGCCGGGGCCCCCCAGCUCGCCUUGGAGCUUCCAUUGUGCUGGAGGGGAAAGAGGUGGGGAAAGUGACCAGUGGAUGCCCCUCCCCCUCUCUUGGACUCAACAUCGCCAUGGGGUAUGUGGAUGCUAGCCUUGCUGUACCAGGUACCAAGUUGCAGAUCAAGGUCAGAGAUACCAUCAUACCGGUUGCCGUCUGUAAACUGCCAUUUAUUCCCUCUAAUUACUACACUAAAAAAUAGUUAAUAAAUAAUUGUUAUGUA